AUGCAUGCCUCUAAAGAACUCGUCUCUGUCCCCAGGGAGAUGUAUUACAUCUACUUCCGAAUCUUGGCAUACCUGGUCACCAUAGUUCUACAUAUUGGUAACGCGACAUGGAUGAUCACCAAAUUCUACGGAGACGUCAUGAAGAAUCCUCACGUUAAACAUUUCUAUGAGAUGCAGUUUUAUUUCUUUACAUGUUGGACUUUUACUUUCCAAAUAAUACACGCAGCUGUAGCACUUUACUCUGACAUCUUAACGUUAAAGAACCUUAAGCACCGCGGCUAUCGGCUUCCAAAGAUGGUGACGGACUGUCGAGAUCUACUCUACACUAUAUUAGUUUGGCCAGCUACUGUGUUGGUGGUCACCAUGUUCUGGUCUUUCUGGUUCUACGAUCGCAACUUGCUGUACCCUGAAGACAUCGACCUGGCCAUCUCGUCUGUCUCGAACCAUAUCAUGCAUACCAGCAUCUUCUUCAUCGCGUUAUGGGAAAUGAUGUUCAGACCCAGGGUUCCACCAAGAAGUCAUACAUGGCAUUUGUUGAGUGUUAUGGGAAUAGGAGUUAUUUAUUUAUGGACUGUAGUUGGAGUUUAUGUCUUCAAGGGAGUCUUCGUUUAUCCUAUCUUCGGUCACCUCAUGGGUACAAUCUACUUCUAUUUAUUCUUCGCUGGCAUAGCCACUGCACUAUUCUUCAUAUACCAUGCUCAGUGGAUUUUGAAUGACUUUCUUUGGGGUUUUUCUGCUCAUUUAGACUCUUCGGCGAAGAUAUCUGAUAGACAGAAUGGAGAAAAUUUUGUGAAGAAAGUUAAAUGA